AUGUCUGCAACCGCCAACCAGAGUUCAGGCUCAGAGGAAGCCGAUCUACCCGUUCUGAACUUCUGCUCUUUGCAAAGAGGGAACGAGGGUGAGAAAGCUAACUUGUUGGCUGCCUGUGAAGAACACGGGUUCUUUUACUUAGACCUCCGUUAUUGGGAGUCCGGGGAGAUUCUGGACAACCUCGAGGAGAUAUGGAACAUUAUGAAGAAGUGGUUCGACAAGCCACUGCAAGAGAAGCUGAAGACUGAAACAAUCUCUGACGCUCAUGGGUUUAAACCACCAGGAGUACAGUCUGGAGUCACCGAACACUCGCGGGACGGCUUUGAAGCGUUAAGAAUUAGUCGCGUCUGCCUUCUUGACCGGUCUCAUCUUCCAGAAGUAGUACACGAGAACCUUCGUCGUUUUGAAAGUUUCCAGCUCUCUGCCCACUUCCUUUUGAAAACCCUUCUUGGGUGUCUUUCAGACGCAGCUCAGCUCGAGGGAAGCGAUAGAUUUGAGAGCUAUCACCCAGAUGGUAUGCCUUCAAAGAGCACGAUGUUCUUCAUUCACCACCCUGUCAGUGAUGCACUCGACGAUAAAACAGGUCGUGGCCACAACGCCCACACAGAUGUUGGCUCUUUCACACUCCUCUUCACCGAACAGCCAGGCUUGCAGGUAUUGUCGCCAAAAACCAACAAGUGGGAGUAUGUAGCUGCGAAGCCGGGCCAUGCAAUCGUAAACGUUGCUGACACCCUUCGCUUCAUUUCCCAGCGACGGUUCAGAUCAGCAAUGCACCGAGUACUACCUCCUGGUGGCAAGAUGUUGGAAGAUCGAUACUCGGCAGCUUAUUUCCUUCGGGCCAGUGACAGCGCCGUGUUCAAAGGAAUCAAUGGAGAAGAUGUAACUGCAGAGCAAUGGUUUCUUAGCAAGUACAGCAGCUUCAAUAAGACGCUGGAGGAGCAGAGGUUGGAUUCUGUUGCGACUGGUGGCAUGGAUAAGGACUUGGGUUUGCUGGUCUAA